GCGCGGCUGUGGAGGCGUGACGCGCCUGCAGCUCGUGCCCAGGAUGUCAGGUCGGUUUGAUGUGAGCCAGAACUAAACUGUGUCUGUGCCGUUAGCUCGGCUCGGCUCGGCUCGGAUCGGUUCGGAUCCUUCUCUUGUUAACGUCGGUAUCGAUGCCGCUGCUCUGAUCCGCGUGCCCGCUGCUCGGUGUCGUUGAAACAGCUGCGGCUGCGCGCUCACGUGGAGGAGGGAGGAGGCUCGACACUAACACGGUCAUUUACGUUAAACCGGGACUGGACCGGGACUGUACCGGAUUUCAGGGCAAGGAUGUUCCGCAGCUCUUACCCCGGGGAUGGAGGCUGAGCAGCGGGAUGAAUCAGCCGAGCUGCCCGGUCCUCCUGACGGGCCCUUGGUGUUCGGUACUGGGAUCAGACCCCUCUGAGAGCGAUGGACACCAGGACCAGGACCAGGAUGGACCUCAGACCUUCAGUGUUCAGACUCAUGCUCUCUGUGACCCUGCUGUUGACUGGCACGCUGGUUUCCAUGGUGACGUCAAGCUCACCUGUUGCAGGUGUGUUGGACUUCAACAGAACGACGGAGCCUUCGUCACCUCCUUCAACUCCAUCAUUCCUCUCCUCCUCUCCAAGACCCUCGACCACCAGCCCCCCUUCAGACUCUGGUUACCAUGUUAACAGUGGUGUUGCAGGUUUGGCUGAGGACUUGGACUCUGGAGCUCAGGGGAUCCACCUCCUCCUGAGACCCCCAGACCUCCUUUCCCCCAGCCUUCCCCCACCCCUCCCCCCUCACACCCAGCCCACACUCACGCCUCCACCGCCCUGGGAGCAGGGCCCUGCCCUGGAGGAGGCCUGGGGCUCCGGAGACUACCUGGAGACUCUGUCCUUCAUUGUGCCUGACGGUGAGGAACUGGCACUGGCCACGUCUCUACCCAGCCACCCCUAUGAAGAUGACACCGGUGGGGACUGGGUCUCCUAUGACACCGCCUUCCCCACCCGUCCCACACUGUCACUAUCCACCCCCCUCCCCCUCUCCCCCUCCACCUCCACCUCCAGCAUUCCGCUUCACACCCACCCAACCCACCCAGACGUCUUCCCCACCUGGGACGAGGACUACGACCUGGAGGACAUGACGCCACUGGAGCCGACGGAGCUGCUGCUUCCGGACAUGAACAGUCUGGAGUACUACACCAACCUGCUGGCGAAAGAAAGAGACAAAGAGAGAGAAAAAGAGAGAGAGAAAGAGAGGGAGAGAGACCAGGAGCAAGUAAACCAGACCGACUCCAAAACUCCCAUCUCUCCUACAACCACACAACCUCACCCUCCGUCUCCGAGCUCCGCCUCUCCUCCAGGACAGGGCCCCAAUAGUCCUCAGCCGGGGCCAACCCCCCCCCUUAAUCUCUCACCGACACUCACAGGUGAGAAGAAACCACCUGUUCUGCCGAUGUCCCCCAAAACACCCUCUACCCCUUUCCCUCCAAAACCUACAGACCGCAUUCAGGGUCAAUACCCUCCCCGCCCCCCCUCUAACACCACCAGCCGGGUGCCUCCCCCUCCCCCGCUGGGUCCGCCCACCCGCCCCGAAAGGCCGGAGCGCCUGCCGGUGGUCACAGAGACGCCGGUGAAGGAUCCACCUACCAAGUCCACCAAGGCGAGCACCACCUCCAUCACCACCACCACUCAGAACACUGCCAUCAGCCUGACCAGAGCGCCCCCUGUCACCACACCGAGGGUGGCCCAGCCGCUGCCCACCAGACAGUACCUGUGCAAUGUUACGAAACCAGAGAUGUACUUGGUCAGAGUAGUCAGCUCCAGAGGGUCAUCGGCUGGUUUCAGUCAGGUCCGAGAUCUUCUGAGGAGAGAGUUCAACCGCUCAGUGGAGCUGCAGUUCCUGAGAACGCCGUCCAGCUUCGCCUUUCGUGUCGUAUCUGGACCGUUGAUCUUCACUGCCAUGGCCGUCAUCAAUGCCCUGCGCCAACCGCCACGCUCCUUUGGCCCCGUUCCCACCGUGUCACCGCUCUACACCGUACCUGACCUCAGGUAUCAGAUCCACUCUGUGCUGCAGUUUGUCCCCACCCACGUCGACGUCCGAUUCUGUAACUUCAGUGAACGUGUGGAGAGAGGGCUGAUGAUGGCGUACACUGAGACACGUAGACGGUCACAUGAGGCGGGAACCGUCACUGUACAGCUGUUGAACGUCACCAUGAGCGUGUCCCGGCUUUCAGUCGAGCAGACGGUUCCCGUCGAUGUCACAUUUGCAGUGCGUGAUGGAUGGGGCUACCUUCUGGGGUCAGAGGUCAGCGAACACCUGAGGAAGCUCAGCCUGGUUGAGUUCAGCUUCUUCGUCGGAUUUCCUGCUCUGCAGAUCGCAGAACCGUUUCACUACCUUGAGCUGAACACGUCUCAUCACCUGCGCUUCACCUGGGUCCGAACAGUGCUACUGGGCGUUCAGGAGCAGCAGGUGACGGAGAGAAGUUUUAAAGCUCGUCUGGAGCGACGUCUGGCUCAGCUGCUGGAGGAGGGACUGCAGGAGUCCAGCAGGAGGCGGAGGAGAGCCACAGCUGUGGGCAACAACAGUCUGCAGGUGGUGCGUGUGGCGAGGCUGUCAGGCUCAGAGCGCCCCCUGGAGGUCAUGUAUUUUGUGGAGGGUCAGAACGGUGAGCGAAUCCCUGCGGAGAAAACUGCCGCCACCUUGAACCGCCUCGACCUUCAGAGGGCCGCCAUCGUCCUCGGACACCGAGUUCAAAGACCUCUGGCCCAACCAAUGGAGAGGGUCUCUGUCCCUCCAGCGGAGACUCAGAGCAGCAGUAUCUUGCUGAUCGUGGGCGUGGUUGUCCCCGUGCUGCUCGCUGUUUUCAUCAUCAUCAUCCUCUACUGGAAACUGUGCGGCUCAGAGAAACUCGAGUUCCAACCGGACGCCAUCAACACCAUCCAGCAGAGGCAGAAGCUUCAGGCUCCGAGUGUCAAAGGCUUUGACUUCGCCAAACUCCACCUGGGUCAACACAGUAAAGACGACAUCAUGGUGAUCCAGGAGCCCGGGCCACUGCCCGCCCCUGUCAAAGAGGCUACGCCCCCCGAUGGCGGAGACCUCAACACCCCCAAAUCUAAAGGAUCGUCCACUAAGGCCGGACGGUCGGGCCGCCGCAGGGGAAGACUCAGCCCGUCAGACGGGGACUCGUUAGGCAGCGACCAAUCCAGUGGCAGAGAGUCAGCAGAGGAGAGCACCCGACCUGUGGCCAUGCCCAGUGAGGGGAAACUGCACAGGAAGACGCCCAAAAAUGGACGAAGCAAGAUCGUUCCUUCAGGCAGCGGUCCAGACGAGCCUCUGUCCUCAUCCUCCAUCUUUGACCACGUAGACCGUCUUUCUCGAGGCUCGUCUGACGGCACGCGGCGACAGGCCAACAAGGUGCAGCUGAUCGCCAUGCAGCCUCGACCGAGUCUGCAGCCGGCGCAUGCCCCGCCCCAUCCAAGCCCAACGCUUACGGAGAAGGUCAACACAGAGGUGGCGCUGAGACACAAGUCAGAGAUCGAACAUCACAGGAACAAACUCCGGCAGCGCGCUAAGAGGCGGGGUCAGUGUGACUUUCCCUCCAUGGACGACAUAAUGGAUGCCUUCGGAGACGGGCCGGUGCAGAGCGAGGUUGCACAGCGACUCUACAGCUCCGCCCACGACCACAUGGAUUGUAUUCUGCAGGCCGACACCCCCUCACCCCCGACCCCCACCGACUCCAGGAAGAGGGGGAGGCGCUCUCCUCGGGGUCGCCGUGCUCAACCAGGACCUGGAAGUCUUCCUGAUACCGACAGAGAUCGCCUUCUUACCGAUCAGAGCGCCACCUACAGGAAGUACCCGGGACUCAACAACGUGGCCUACAUGUCGGACCCUGACCUGCCCCCAGAUCAUGGCAGUCCGUCUCCUACAGACGAGGUGUUUGACCCGGCCCCAGCUCCACCCCCCUACAUGCCCCCACAGCCAUCCAUUGAGGAGGCCCGGCAACAGAUGCACUCUCUUCUGGAUGACGCCUUUGCUCUGGUUUCACCGUCCUCGCAGGGCAGCGCCGGGGUGAGCGGGAUAAGCCCUGCCCUGCCCAGCCCCUCCCCUCAGGUCCGUCCCCCGGGCAGACAGUGGGGUUCCUACCCAGCAGCCCCCUCUCACAGCCCCUUCUCUGCAAGAUACGUAGAGUUAGGAAUGUCUCCUACGUCGGUCCAGGGCCUCCUGCAGGGGCAGGGCCUGAGCUCAGGAGGGUAUGUUUCCACUGGAGAUCAGCUGCAGGAGUCAGUUUACUCCAACAGGGGGCAAUAUGAGGACCCCCCCUCCUCCUCCAGACCACGGCCUGUUGGGGGCAGCACAGGAGCACAGCUCCACCACCUGACGCAGGUGGGUUUGUCCAGUCAGAUCGGUGCUUACCCUGGGGUAGGUCGCAGCAUGUCUGGCCCCACCGGCUCAAGCUGGACCCAGCAGCAUUCAGACCAGGAACUAUCAAGACCAGGAGACAGCAGAGAGAGCGUGCUGUCGUUUCCUGAGUUCUCCUCUUCCUCUGUUUUCCAGAUGCCCAGCUCCUCAUUGCGUGACCCAUCGGCACCACCUCUCCUCCUGACCUCACCAACUCCAGAAUAUCCACCAGAGGACGCCUCGCCCUCCGCCCACACCUCUGCCUCGCUUAUCAAGGCUAUCAGAGAGGAGCUGCGUCGCCUGGCCCAGAAGCAGGUGGUGACCAGUUACCCUUAGACCUAUGUGGACUGGUUUGGAUCAGGACUCUGCUGGUCCCAAUAGUUAUUGUUUUGAACCACCAGAGCGUGAAUGGACUGGAUUCGAAAUUUUAAACUAAUGAUCCACACUUUUGACUCUCUUGAGCAGAUUUGCGUCUCAGUAGCUAAACCUAAAUUAACUCCGGACCAUGAUCCACGUCUCCUGUUUCCUGACUGAAAGACCUCUGGUACUUAACAGGGUUCUGUCUGUCUGUCUGUUGGUCAUUCUUCAACUCUGUGUUUCAUCAGGAGUUUGACUCAUUACAUUCCUACUGAAGUGCUUCCUGGACUGGAUUGUCCCAUAUAGAGUCUUAGACCUGAUCAUACUUUCUGAAUUUGUGGAGGGGGUUGUCACUCUUGACCUUUUGGUGCUGAUCAUCCCUCAUGGAGGUCUGGAGUACAUUGUACCUUCUGGAUGGAUGGCAUAGCUGAACCACCUUAGGCUGUCCUGAUCACCUACAGUGGAAGAUCUCUAUUUACCAUCUGCAGUGGUUUGUCCCAUCUGAUCCUAUGGAGUGGAUUGUUCAUUCUGGAGUUCUAGAGUGGAAAUUCAUUCCUGAACUCUUUGUGUUAAUGGUUCAUCCUAAUCUUCUCAUGUGAAUUAUUCAUUUUUAACUUCUGGAACAGAUUGUCCAUCCAAGAUUUCAGAUUUGGACAGUCCCGUCCAGCGGAUUGUUUCUUCUAGAGUUGUUGAGUUGAAAUUAUUUCUUGAACUCCUGCAGCUGAUUGCAUUGGAUAGUCCUACCUGAAGAGCUAGAGUUGAUGGUCCAUCCUAACCUUCUCAUGUGGAUCAUUCCCUCUGAACUUCUGGAACAGAUUGUCCCUCUAAGAUUGGGAAAAUCCCUUCUGACCCUCUGGAGUGGAUGGUCCUUCCUUGACUUCUGGAUCUGGACCAUCGCUUCUGGAGUUUUGAAGUGGAUUAUCCCUCUGGACGUUCUGUGGUGCUAACCAUCAGCCUCAUACCAUCUUCUCAUUAACCACUUAUUGCCUUCCACACUUCCAUCAGCCAUGGGAAUCAGGUCUCUUUUCAUAAAGCAUAUUGAUGAGGUCUUUGCACUGUCGACAGCAGGAGGUGGAGUAAAGUAAGUACAACAUAGGGGCAAAAAACAGGAAAAGUAUGUAUAAAUAUCUAUGAAAAUGAAUACAAAUAUAUGUAAAGAGAUAGAAUCCAAAUGAGCACAAUUUAAUGUCAGAGUUAUUAUUGGAGUAUUGAGAUGUUACAUAUUUUCUAUUGCCUAUAUAUGAAAGUAAACUUAAAUCUUUUAUUUUAAUGACAAAAGACCAAACUACUGUUCUAUGGUUGUAGUCCUACGUAUUUGAGCUUGCUGUAGAUUUUGAGCCGUCUUUUGUUUCUCUUUGGAGACGUUGCUUGGCGUAGCUGCUAGUGCACGUGUUCAUGUAUAGGUGGCAAUGAAAAAAAUUGCGUGAUUGCGUUGCUUUAUGGAGUUUUUACGUCGCUGAUUUGUUGCAUCCAUCUUUGGGCUGAGCGCUGAGUCUGUUGGGCAUCAGGUGGAUUCAUGUAGAGGAGCAGAGACGGGAACGGCCAGGAACUGAAGCUACAGCAGUGUCCCCUGGAGGCUGUAAUAUGUAUAACACACAAACUAACUUUCUUACCACCAACUGAGUGUCAUCAGUGCACCAGUGAUGGGAGAUUCCUUCAAAACUUAUUUUUACCUGAUUGCAGGUAAACAAAUAUGAUCAGCAUUUAACAGCUGCCUCAUUAGUGCCCCUUGAGGCUGUUAUGUUCACUACACACCAGAAGAAUAAACAAUUAAAAAGAUAAAUCUUUACCAUCAUUUUAGUAGGUUGGGGUAAAAACUUAUAAGUAAGGUUUGUAAAGGUUGAAUAUUAUUUUGAAAUCCAGUCGAUCGUGUGGUUCCCGUCUCUCCUGGUUGGAUGGUUCCUGUUUAUUAUCGCUUUAAAACUGGUUGAGGGGGUUUAUUAGUCUUUGCUCUUCUUCAGCAUGUUCGACUCAGUUUGAAGCUUUAGCUACUCGUGAUGUUCCAGUCAAUGUUAGCAUGCUGCUAAAAGAUGUUAAAAACAAAGAUAAUAGAAGUUAAGAGGUGUUCCAUGUUCAGAGUGAGCGAAGAGUGAUUUACGUCACAGUGCCAUAAAAACAUCUUUCAUCUCAACACAAGAAAAAAAUCCAUCAUAUAAAACAUUGUUUUUUCAACAUUUUAAAAAGAUAUUUUGGAAUCUGAAUGAAGACAAUUAAAAUAAACAUAUAAAUGAAAGUGAAUUUGAUGUUGAAUAGAAAAUAAUAUUAAGAAAAGAUUUUAUGUGUGAUUUUUCUGCUGAACCUACUCACAUCCUUCAUGGACCAGAAACGAACCACUUGGACUCUGAUUCAACCUAGCGCCUUGGACUUGGCCACGCCCACUGGAUCACACGGUGCUAACUUAACGAGUUGAGGUGAAACUCUCGCACAAAACACGAACACGGACACAAAAACCUGCAGUUUGUCUUCUCACGUCAAAACAGGCUCCAUAAAUGGAAUGUUUCAGUGUUUUUUAGAGUUUCAGUUUUUCUCGAUCUGAGACGAAUAUGUGGAAGUUUAUUUAUGACAAAACGACUGAUUCUGACCAGAAUCACUGAGACUCUGGUUCGUACAACAACACGGCCACAAAGAUUUAUAUCCCACAGCAAAGGGCCGUGAGUCAUGUGAUGCUCAUUUACAGCGAGCAGUUGCUCUUGUUCUGUCAUGAAUGAACAACAACAUUCCUGCUGCUCCUCUGGACACCAACACGCACCUGGGCCCAGGUCCGGCUGGGAUCCAGGUACCCUGGUUAAAGCUGCUUUUUGUAGACGGAGCCUGCAGGGGGAGCUGUUUUCCUGUCAUAUAAAAUCAGUGAGGGGGACUCACCUGUUGAGCAGCAGUCAGGUGAGCUCACAGCGGAUCUGUGUCAAAUGACCUGUUCUAAACUCUGUGGAUUCAAAUCAGUUUAACAAACAUUAAAGACAAAAAUUCAGGUUCA